AUGAAUAAAAUAAUAUAUUCUGCCGAUUUUUUGGAAUCGGUGAACAAAGAAACUGGUAGUAUUUUGGAAGAUAUCAAUACUAUAAAUCUACUAUGGGACCAAUUGGACAGUAGCUUCGAAAAAGUAUCUAGUCAAGAAAUGAACGAUCUACAUGCAAAAUUUUACUUUUUUAUAAAAUUCAUUCUGGAGACAUGUAAAGCCAAUGUGGCAAUUUUUGGUUAUGUAUUACAAGAAUUAAGAAUUGCAAAAGCAGACAGAAAUGUUGACAAAAGUAUCGUUUUUGAAAUAAAUCACGAGGCAAAGAGACUUUCCGGAAGUUUUAAAGGCAUCAAGACAAAACAAGAUGAUUUACUAAAUGCCAUCGAUAUAUGCCGCCAAAUGUGGGAUUAUCAUGAAUUUGCGCAUAACAAAACAUUUAUUAUACGUAUGUUCGAGAAUAGCAUACGGAAGGGGGCUCAAUUGACUGAAUCCUUUUUACAUGCAUACUUAAGUAUUCAACGGGUUAAAGAAGUUGCUAAAAUUUCUAAUAAAAAUUAUAUCAAGCCGGUAAAGAAAACUUCCAAAUCUACCGGAGCUGCUGAGUUCAGGGAUAGUGCUAGCAUCGUCAUAGACAAGGUUGAAAUGACAAAAGAUAUUGACAAGUCAGUUGAAGAAGUUACUCGGCUAAAAAAACAGUCGAUGAUUGAUGACUUAGCAAUCCAAAUUCAGGAAUUAAGUAGCAAACUUGUUUACUUCAAUGAUCUCAUAGAUAAUGCCGCAAGUCACUUGGUGACUUGUGUAAAUGAGAUCGAAUCCAACAAAGACGCUUUGAUUGCACGAAUGGGAAAAGAUGGGAGCAAUAUCUUUAAAAAAUUUGUUGAAACUCAAGCUAUAAAAAUGGCCGAAAUUACCAACGUACUGCAAAAUAGUUUUGAAUGUAUUGCCAAAGAAAUUUCCAAAAAAAUCGUACCCACUCACUUCAUUAAUUAA